AUGGAUAGAGAUGGACAGGAGAUAGAAGAGAGAAGGAUGGAGAGAGGUGGAGAUGGACAGGAAAGAGGAUAUGGAUGGACAGGAGAUAUGGAGAAGGAUGGAGAUAAGGAUGGACAGGAGAUAUGGAUAGAGGUGGACAGGAGAUAUAGGAAAGGAGGAAGAGGAGGAAGAGGAGGAAACUCCUCAGUUAUCCCUCCGCGGGAAGAUAGGUGGCGCGUGCUGGUAGCUGUUUGUGUUGCAGAAAGAGAGAGAAACCCGGUGACAGCUCCGCGAGGGAGGCGUCACACAGCCGCGCAGAGACCCGGAUCAGUCCCGACCUGCAGCCGAAAACAGCGCUCCUUUCCCGGCCACCGCUCUGCCAUAGCACCGGGGACACACACCGGGACACACCGGGGGAAAACACGGGGACAAACCGGGUUAAACCUGUGGAACACACCCGGGGACACACGCCGAGAACAUCCACAUCUGUUUGAAUAUUUCAGGGAGGGGUGCACGCGCUGCAGCAGCACUUUUUCCUUUUCUUCAGCGCGAGGACACACGGACUGCUCCGUGGUGGAUUUACUGUGCGCGUGGCCGUCGGGAGCGCGAGGAGGCGUCCAUGCGGACCGGAGCGACGCAUCAAUGAAGCAGGACAUCAUGGCGGAGGGUCCCCGCUGCAAGAGGCGAAAACAGGCCAACCCCCGGAGGAAGCACGGUAAGACAGCACGCACACAAACACACAAACAGACACACACAGUCCCGCAAACUCUGCUGUCCCCGCCCGGCUGGCUGUCCCCGCCCGGCCGGGACCUCCCGGCUGGCCCCGGGACGCGACAAAAGAGACACUUUAAAGUUCUGUAACGGGACUUUGUGCAGGUUUUAGGGUGUGGGGUGUCUGCGUGAUGGAGCCGGGACCCCCCCGGAGCCUCCAUCUCUCUCACCGCGCUCACAAAAGCAACACAAAUCUUU